AUGAGUGUUGCUGCUCUCUUCACCCGCUCAACCAAAGCGCUCUUGAAGCCUAAUCGCUGGCGAAAAAUGAAGCAUCAUCUGGUGAUCGGCACGUGGACCCCUCCAGGACGUCUGUACACCGUCGCAUUCGACGAUGAGGCCCUGACACUGGAGCUGGUCAAAAAGACGGAGAUCCCAGAGGCGGAGCCGAUUUCCUGGCUGACCAUCUCGCACGAUAAAAAAACCCUCUAUGGAGCUGCGAUGAAGAAAUGGAACAGUUUCGCCAUCAACAGCCCAACCGACAUCGUCCACCAGGCCUCGCAUCCGCUUGCCGGUCAUCCUCUCGCAUCCAGCAGCGAGACCAACACGCGCGCCAUCUUCGUUCUCGCCGCACACAAACCCCCCUACAACGUCUACGGCGCCCCCUUCUACAAACACGCCGGCUACGGCAAUGUAUUCGCCGUCGACCCUGCCGACGGCCGUCUGGUCAAGAACGUCCAGAACUACGAGUAUCAGGAGAACACCGGCAUCCACGGCAUGGUCUUCGAUCCUACCGAAACCUACCUCUACUCGGCCGAUCUGCAGGCCAACAAGAUCUGGACCCACAAGAAAGACGCCGAGACUGGCGAGCUGACUCUGGUCGAUUGCCUCGAGGCUCCUUCGCCCGACGACCACCCCCGCUGGGUCGAGAUCCACCCCCGCGGCAAGUAUCUGUACGCGCUGAUGGAGGCGGGCAACCGCCUGGGUGUGUACGUGAUUGACGAGAAGCGCAAUGUGCCCGUCUUCACCCACAUCACGUACCCCUUGCUUCCCAGCGGCGUGCCCCCCACCAACAAGUACCGCGGUGAUGUCUGCUUUACCACCCAGAGCGGCGAGUACCUGUUCGCAACCACCCGUGGUGCCUACGGCCAUCCCUGGACCGGCUACAUCACGGCCUUCAAGCUGGGCCCCAACGGCAACAUCGAGCGCCAGCUGUUCAUCCAUCCCACAUCCAACAGCGGUGGUCACUCCAACGCCGUCAGCCCCUGCGACUUCAGCGAUGAAUGGUUGGCGCUGUGCGACGACCAGGACGGAUUCGUGGAGAUCUACCGCUUCAAGGAUGAGGCGCUGGCCCGGGUGGCUCGGCUGGAUAUCCCGGAGAAGGGAUUUGGCAUGAAUGCGGUUUGGUAUGAUUAA